UUCUCUGGUCGCAAUAGUCCUCCUUCAACCACCCCAACUUCCAUUUGCACAAACACACUCCUCAUAUCUCUACAAAUCCCCCAAUUAUACUUAAACAGAGUAACAUAUAUAAUGAUCAUCCGAUUUCUCCCCAAACCCACAUCAAUUCUAUGUUUCCUCACCACUAAUCGUUCUUUAACUCAUCUCCGCCCAAACUUAUUAUAUAAAAAAGGCAGAUACAGCAGCAGUUUUGGGAUCCGUUUGAAUGUCAGAUCAGUAUCGGGUUCAGCGGGUUCUUCUUCGGCUCCAUCGAAUGUAUUGUCGGUGCGAACGGCGGGUGGUGUGUUGAUUGGUAAAGAGGAUGAACAUGGAGGUGUGAUUGUGGAGAUGGAUACUGAGCCUGUUGAUCCAGUUGUGUUUGUUUCUUUGCUUAAAGCAUCAAUGCUGCAGUGGAAACAACAGGGUAAAAAGGGUGUUUGGAUCAAAUUGCCAAUCGAGCUUGUCAAUCUCAUCGAGCCUGCAGUUCAAGAAGGCUUUUAUUAUCACCACGCUGAACCAAAUCACUUGAUGCUUGUGCAUUGGAUUCCCGAAACAAUAAAUACUUUGCCAGCAAAUGCAAGUCAUCGAGUGGGCAUUGGUGCUUUUGUGAUGAACGAAAAUCGAGAGGUUUUGGUAGUGCAAGAGAAGAGUGGAAAGUUCCAAGGAACCGGCAUAUGGAAGUUUCCUACUGGAGUAGUUGAUGAGGGUGAAGAUAUUUGCGAUGCAGCGGUUAGAGAAGUAAAAGAAGAGACCGGGAUCGAUGCAAAAUUCGUGGAAGUAUUAGCAUUCAGACAAAGCCAUAAAUCAUUCUUUGAAAAGUCAGAUUUAUUCUUCAUGUGCAUGCUGCAACCUUUAUCCUUCAACAUCCAGAAGCAAGAAAGAGAAAUAGAGGCAGCUCAGUGGAUGGCGUUUGAGGAUUACGCAGCCCAACCCUUUGUUCAAAAGCAUGAUCUUCUUAAGAAUAUGGUGAAGAUAUGCAGAGCAAAGAGAGAUGGAGAGUAUACUGGUUUCUCUCCUGUGCCUACAAUCACAACUUUCCUCAAUAAAAGAAGCAACCUUUACUUGAACGCCAAAGAUCUUAAGUCGUAGUUGACAUCUCAUUCGCCUUCUUCUUUGUAAUCGACACAUAGCUUGAUACCAGGCUUGUAAACGAAUCAUUCAGUGAAACAUUCGUUAGCCACUUGGUGGGAAGUUCGUUUAUGUUAACGAAUAUGAACAAAUUCUUUUGCUCAUUUAAUUAAACGAACAAAUGAGCACAUGUCUUGCUUGUUCAUUUGUGUUCUAGAACGUUCGUUCAUUUAAAUUCAUUACGUUUGUUUA